AUGGGAUAUGUCCGCCACAUCAUCAUCAUCAUCAUCACCAACAACAUUAUCGUCAUCCUGCCAAUCGCCGUUAUUACCCCCUUUCUCCUCCUCCUCCUCCUCCUCCUCCUACGCCUCCUCCUCCUCCUACUCCUCCUCCUCAUCCUCCUACUCUCCCUGCGCCUUUUCCUUCCUCUUUUAUUCAUUGCCAUCAUCUUCUUUUCAUUAUUUUUUCCUUUCUCCGGCAACAACCUACGCUAG